UCUUCAGCACCACGCAGCUGAACAGCGACACUCAGCCAUGCAGCCUUCAUCCGAGGAGGAUGCCGAGCGGCAUACGCUGCCCUACACGGCUACUGUCACACUGUUUAUUUGACAUUUUUUUCUGCCUUAUUGCCCUUAUAUCAUUAGUCUAUAACAGAUGUUGACAGUCGCUUUAUUUGCAGCUCAUUUUCUACCUCCUCUUCAUCAGAAACGACCCGCUUGUGUCGUCUAACCCUGCAGGGGGAAGCCGUUUUUCCCGUCAGAGAUGCACCCGUGUUUGGUUGGUUUCUCCGGGUUUCCAUCACGUCGAGUCGGUAGGGAUGACGGACUGUAACGUCGCCCGUCAAGUUACUAGCAGCAGCAUCGUCUCAUGUACGACAGUACCGCAUCGACGAGUCUCAACGCCCGACCACAGGUCCCCUGCCGGCGCCCCGGUGUCCGCCGGUCCCCCGACGCCUCUUAUGACAUGACAGCUCGGGGUAGGAAGAAGAGGAUCAAAGGUUACGGGCUUGGGUCCGAGCAGGAGCGAAGACGGGUCGGAUCCUUGAGGAAGGGGCACAAGGAAACCCUGCACUGUUUGAGGAUCACACCUGCAUCAAAGAUUCAUGUGAUACUUUUUUAAUCCAUGCAGGUUGUUUUCUCUUGGGAGAUGAGAGUGCGGGGUUAGUCCCAGACCAGCGCCCGUGGAGCUGGUGUAUGUUGUCCAGGGGGGACACAGGGGGAUUGCAUCUGGAUUAUAUCAUUGGAUCCACCUGUCCCCCGCCCUGAAGCCUCUGACUUGGGCCUACAGAGUGGUAGCAACCACCUUUGCCUUACAGUUUACUCUGAUGCACGGCCUCAUAGUUCUGGUUCUGGUCCAGUCCCGGUCAGCAGCGCUGCUUCACAGGCCCGUAAGGCUUACUUGGCUGCUCCUGACCAUCACCUUCACCUGCACCGCCAUGGGCUGCAUCCAGAGCAUAGCCUGUAACAAGUCCCGGAUCAAAAGAGAGAACAUCGUGGUGUAUGACCUGUCAGCCACCAUAGACCAUUGCUCUACUGUCAUCGAGGAGAACUCGCCGAUAGUGUUGCGAUACAAGACGCCCUAUUUUAAAGCCUCCGCGCGGAUUGUGAUGCCCCCUAUCCCGCGCAAUGAGACCUGGGUGGUUGGCUGGAUCCAGGCGUGUACACAGAUGGAAUUUUACAACACCUACGGAGACGUCGGCAUGUCGAGCUGGGAGCUUCCUCAGCUCCGAGAAGGCCUGGUGAGGGCCAUCAGUGACUCCGACGGUGUGAGCUACCCCUGGUACGGAAACACAACAGAGACCGUCACCAUAGUGGGCCCCACCUCCAAGCCAUCCCGCUUCAUCGUCAGCAUGAAUGACAAUUUUUACCCCAGCGUCACCUGGGCGGUGCCGGUCAGUGAAUCCAACACACCCUUGUUGACGAACAUUAAAAGAGACCAGAGCUUCACCACCUGGCUGGUGGCUUUAAACACCACGUCCAGGGAAAAGAUCCUGCUUCACACCAUCAAGUGGAGGAUGAGGGUCGAUAUCUCUGUGGAUCCGUCCCUGCCUCUGGGCUCCAGGGCCAGGCUGGUGGGGCGGGUGCACCAGGACCAGCCGAGGGUGCUGACCCGCAUGGAGCCCAUCCCUCCUAAUGCAAUGGGGAGGCCCAACGCCAAUGACGCCCAGGUUCUGAUGUGGAGGCCAAGGAGAGGGCCUCCACUUGUUGUCAUACCACCCAAGUAGAGCAAUGAGAGAAUCUGUUUGGUGGUUUACUAUUUCUGCAGUGCAAACAAAAUAAUCAGAAGAAAAAAAAUGAAGGCUGAGACUUAAACUGUCACUGGCAUAAAUCUUAGUUGCAGUCUUUGGUGUUGAAAAUCUUGAGGUGACAAUUGCCUUAAUUCCAAAACGCUGCCUUUGACGAUCUUGAAAGUUUGUUUGUCGCCACUUCUGGUGCUGAUGAGCUGUUUGGCCUUCAACUCAACCCAGCACAUCUGAGCAAAACUUUGAAAAUCUGCCAUUAGUGCUGGGAUUUAACACAAACUUGUACUGUAGCUACUCAGGCCCAGAAAAAACAGACCCUGUUUAAGAAGGUUCUUCAGCCUUAAUGAUGACAUAAUGCUAGCCUGCUCUGUACUGUACAGUAGAGUGAUGUGUAAGAGGCUAACAAAGGAGAGGUAGUAGUAUUUAUGUGUUAAACAGGACAACACUGCUGCACAGUUUAUUUGUAAGGGACAAAGAUAAGUUUCAUAUUAGUGGACAUGUUCAAAAAUGAUAUGAGUGUGAGUUUACAAGCAUGUGUGCACCUGCUUGUGUGUUUUCUACAAUUGAGCCUAAGGGUUGGGUCCUGGCUUGCUGCUUUGUCACACCAGACUGCCUCACAUAAACACACAUAUACAUGUGGCAUUAUGCUACAAGGAAGGUAAGUUUUAGGAUAACCUAAACACUGAAAGAUUGUCAACAUACAUGCAUCCUCAGAGCUACUUUACGUUUUACAUAUCCCAGAAAAUGUAGACACAUGGAUUUGGUGACAUGCACACAGUUUAUGCAUUUAGAAGAAUCUUAAAAGAAGCCCUGCACUGGGAUUUUUCUUUUAGAAUCACAAAUGUCCAGUUCAUCAAAGCUGCAGAGCUUCUCCAUCCCUGCCUUUUGAAAGCCAUGAUGCCUGUGUUGAUGACAGCCUUUAAAACAAUUUUGUCUAUACCAUGUCCAAUGUAACCAGAUCUAUUGGGUAAAGAAACAAGAAUGGUACUGUACAGAUCAUGAAAUUAGUCUGCUUUCAUUUGCAAGCAGAGCUUGCAGAUUGUAGUAAAAGGGAAUUGUAUUAAUGUGACAAGACUUAAAGAAUCAGGUUGUGUGAAGUACAAAAACUUACCUCUUGCAGCAUGUAGCCAUGCAGAUUUUUGGGACUUUAUUUGUUGAAGAUUUGAGUUGUGUGUCAGUGAAAUUUCUGUCUCCCAAACAAUACAGUUGAGAUGAAUUAACUUUUAACACUAGUUACUCUUUUCACUCUAAAACUGCAUUUUAACAACACAUC